AUGGGUUCUUACAGGAAAGCUAAGCUUGUUGUUGAUGCCUUCCGGGGCUUCGCUUCGAGGAUCGUAACCCGAGCUCCGAUUGGAGAGGCAAGCCAGGGAUUCAAGCGCCAGCCUCAUUCUUCGAUUUUUAGAACUGGGAACGCUAGGACUUUUGGCCUUUCUGGUUCAUCCUUGAUUUCUUGGAGAACAAAUCUUCAAAUUGGAGGGAAACAGAGUCAUCACCUUCCCUUUCUUGGUGGUGGGAAGAGAUUCUACUACGUAGAUCGGUAUCGAGUUCAGCAUUUCAGACCCAGAGGCCCUAACCGAUGUUUCCAGAAACCACGGAUCGUGCUCGUUGUUGUUCUUGUCAGUUCGGCUGUGUUGAUUACUGUUUACUUUGGGAGUUUGGAGACAAUUCCUUAUACAAAACGGAAUCAUUUCGUGCUUUUGCCGAAGAGGAUUGAGAAGCAGAUUGGAGAAACUCAGUUUCAGCAGUUGAAGGCUGAGUUCAAGGGAAAGAUCCUUCCUGCUAUACACCCUGAGAGAGUUCAGUUGCAAAUGCCUCUGCUUCAUCUCACUGAUAAUCAACUGGGUAUCUUCCAAUCGCCCAAACCCUCUUUCUACGUUCCUCUCUGGUUUGUAUUUGGGAUAUUGGGGAUUUAA